AUGUCUAUAUCUAGCAAGAUCUCCCAAUUAAGGCCAGAAAACAAAGUUGCUAUGUCUAUAUCUAACAAGAUCUCCCAAUUAAGGCCAGAACACAAAGUUGCUAUGUCUAUAUUUAACAAGAUCUCCCAAUUAAGGCCAGAACACAAAGUUGCUAUGUCUAUAUCUAGCAAGAUCUCCCAAUUAAGGCCAGAACACAAAGUUGCUAUGUCUAUAUUUAGCAAGAUCUCCCAAUUAAGGCCAGAACACAAAGUCGCUAUGUCUAUAUCUAACAAGAUCUCCCAAUUAAGGCCAGAACACAAAGUUGCUAUGUCUAUAUCUAACAAGAUCUCCCAAUUAAGGCCAGAACACAAAGUUGCUAUGUCUAUAUCUAACAAGAUCUCCCAAUAA